CAGUGUGCCACCGGCACGCUGUCCUGCUGCAACAACGUCCUCUCCCAACAUGACGCCCAGGGCCCGCUCGGUGUCAUCGGCCUCGGCCACAUCCUGGACAACAUCGCCGGCAACGUCGGCGUCAACUGCAACCCCAUCACCGUCAUCGGUACCGGCCAGGGCGCGACCUGCACCCAGGAGCCCGUCUGCUGCGACCACAAUAACUACAACGGUAUCCUCAACCUCGGCUGCACGCCUAUCAAUGUC